UUAAUUUGCUGCCAAAUAUAUUCCCUUGUUUUUCUAUAUAUUAGACCUCCAAACUCACAAAACAAAGAAUGCUCCUUUCAUAACCAAAAUAUGAUUAUAAACAACCAAAAUCUCUAAUUUUCUCUAAAUGAAGGAAUUUGGGUAUAAAGAGCUUGAAAAAGCCACAGAAAAUUUCUCACAAUCAAGACUCAUUGGUAAAGGAAGUCAUGGAUGUGUAUACAAAGGCAUAUUAGAUGAAGGUAAGAAUAUCAUAGCCAUAAAGAAACAAUCAUUGGGUCUUCAAAAAAUUCAAGACAACUCCAAACUCGAAAACGAAGUAAGUAUUUUAUCGUCUUUGCCUGAAAACUCUUUCAUCGUUAACUUUCUUGGAACGAGUCAUCAUUAUCAUGACGAUGACGACUCGUGCAAGAAUGAAACUUUUCUCAUCAUGGAAUACUUGCCAAAUGGCACCCUUUAUCAAAUGCUUCAUGCAAAAAAUAAUAUCCUUCCUAAUUGGCCCAAACGUGCUCAAAUAGCCAUUCAAGUUGCUAAAGCAAUCCAAUUUCUUCACCAAACUAAGCCUAAUUCAAUUGUUCAUAGAGAUAUAAAGUCAGCCAAUAUUUUGUUUGAUUCAAAUUGGAAUGCUAAGUUGGCUGAUCUUGGACUUGCUUUAAGGAUGAAAAAUGAUCAUCAGGACGAGUCACCGAGUCAUAGUUCUAACUCGGUGACUCGUCCUGCUGGUACGAUCGGAUAUCUAGAUCCUGAUUACACAAAACCAAGCAAAUUAAGCACGAAAAACGACGUGUUUAGUUUCGGGGUCCUACUAUUUGAAAUUAUGUCUUCAAGAAAGGCGAUCGAUGUAUCGAAAUCGCCUGUUUCUAUAGUUGAUUGGGCAACAAAAUUAAUUAAAGAGGGACAAAGUUUGGAAAUUUGUGACAAAAGAAUGCAUGUACCAUGGUACAUGGAGGCCACGAUAAAGAACAUGUUAAGCAUAGCCACACGUUGUGUCUCUCCAAAGAAAAUAACAAGACCAACAAUUGAAGAAAUUGUGAUGGAAAUGGAGAAUGUGAUAAUUGAGCCAAUUAAGUAUCCUUUAUGGAAUAUAUUACGAGGCCUAACACUUUUGAGAAGGAAAAGAAAAAGAUGUAGAAAAAAUUGUUGUAUUAUUACUACAAAUAAUGUUACCAAGACAUGUGCGCAACAUGAAAGGAAGUUAUUGAUUAGGGAAAUAUUGGCAGAUAAAGUCACGGAGUAGAUGCAGAGGCGAAUUCAGAAU